AUGGCCGCCGGGGGCACACCGACAAACUCCGGAGCUCCGCAAACUCAAAAGGUCAGCGAAAUUGUCGCAGGGUUCCGGCCGACUCGCUGCUUUCGCGCGGACAACAAAGAAACGUCGGUGACUUCACUUGACUUUGACGAUUCUGGUGAGCUGGCUAUCGUCGCCCGCGACGACGACACCCUUCAGAUAUACAACUGCAAGGAAGGCAAGCACGCAAAAGAGCUAAAAAGCCAAAAGUACGGCGUGCACCUCGCCCGCUUCACACACCACGCGCAAAGCAUCAUUUACGCCAGCACAAAAGUCGACGACGGCAUCCGUUACCUCUCAACGCACGAUAACUCGUACAUUCGCUACUUCAAAGGGCACACGGAUACAGUGACUUGCCUAGCACUGAACCCAUCCAACGACACUUUCGUUUCCUGCUCGCAGGACAACACUGUACGGCUAUGGGCCCUGAAUUCUCCCAAUAGCCAGGGCUUGCUCAAGCUGCACGGACCUUACCUUGCGGCCUAUGAUCCCUCUGCCAGCGUCAUUGCCAUCGCAUCGCCCCCAACUCAGACAAUCCUUUUGUAUGACGUGCGCAAUUUCGACAAGCCACCGUUUGCAACUUUCGACCUGCACGAGAUGGAACAGCAGUACACGCCCGGAUCUGUGGGACGCACUUGGGCGAAGCUGGAAUUCUCAAACGAUGGAAAGCACCUCGUGCUCGGCACUACUGGAGGUGGACACUUCGCGCUGGACGCUUUCGAGGGCAGCCUCAAACACUUCUGCCUGAGGGAUACGGGCACUUCUGGGCGUCGCGCUGCGGGCGAAUACGCUGCACCUGGAACAGUGGCAGGCCAAGGUGACACCUGCCUUUCCCCAGAUGGCCAGUUCUUGAUCGGUGGCUCGGGCGACGACGGUUUGCUUGUGUGGGACUUGCACUCGAAGCAGUCUGCUGACCGCAUUCUCCGACCCAUUACGGACCUUCCUGGACCUGGCAAAGCAGCUGUGGUGGGAUACAACCAGCGCAUGAACCUACUGUGUACUGCUGAUAAGGACUUUAUGAUCUGGCUGCCAGAUCCGGACGCGAUGUGA